UCAUUGACACUAAGAAUUUUUGCGUUUAUUCUUGACGUUCAUAGAUAAAGAAAGUAGCGAUUGUGAAUAAAAAUUACGGAUGACAGUCGUAUCUAUCUUGUUUUCUUUGAUUUCUUUCAAUUGUAAUUUCUAUUAGAGACUUAUACAUUGAACUAUUCUUAAUUCUCAUUUUCCCUAUUAAUACUACGGUAUAAAGUACAAAAAGAAAUAUGUCUUCAUAUAAGCCAAUCGAUUCUAAAAGAGAAGAAUUUCGGCGAUAUUUAGAAAGAGCCGGUGUAAUGGAUGCUUUGACGAAAGUAUUGGUUAGUCUUUAUGAAGAGCCCGAUAAACCAGAAGAUGCCUUGGAAUAUGUACGUAAGCAUUUAGGUACUGAUGGAGGAGAUGAUGAGCUCGAGGCAGCAAGAGCCCGUAUAGCAGAAUUGGAAGCAGAGAAUGCUCUUCUUAAAGGUGAUGCUGCCCCUACUGAAGAAUAAUCUAAUAUAGUUAAUAUAAAUGUUCAAUUAAUGAUCUCAUUAUUUUAUAAUAUUCAUUAAAAUUAUCUUGUUGAAUUUAAAAAAUAUAACAGUGUUGUGAUUGAGA